UAGAAAAAACAGCUGCAGUGGGAUCUGCUCCGCCUUUGAUUGAGGUUUAUAUAGCGCGGCUCUGGUCCUGCUUUGUGAGACCACCGAUUUUCAGUAGGCGACUGGCUCCAGCACUCUUUGCAUGAUGAGUAGUAAGAUCACCUUCUACGAGGACAGGAACUUCCAGGGCCGCUCCUAUGAGUGCGACACCGACUGCCCUGACAUGCACCCCCACUUCAGCCGCUGCAACUCCAUCAAGGUGGACAGCGGCUGCUGGGUCCUGUACGAGAAGCCCAACUACACCGGCUACCAGUACGUCCUGACCAGAGGAGACUACCCCGACUACCAGCGCUGGAUGGGCUACAACGACACCAUCCGCUCCUGCCGCACCUUCUCUUAUACCAGCGAGGGGCCGUACCGCAUGCGCAUCUACGAGCGGCCCAACUUCCAGGGCCAGAUGAUGGAGUUCAGCGAGGACUGUGACUCGGUGCAGGAGCACUUCCGCAGCCGCGACAUCUACUCCUGCAACGUGAUGGACGGCUACUGGACCCUGUACGAGCACCCCAACUACCGCGGGCGCCAGUACUUCAUGAGGCCCGGGGAGUACCGCAAGUUCAGUGACUGGGGGGCCACGUGCGCCGCCACCGGCUCCUUCCGCAAAAUCACCGAGUUCUCAUCCAACAUGGGGAAGAUCAUCUUCUACGAGGACAGGAACUUCGAGGGCCCUCACUAUGAGUGCAUGAGCGACUGCUCCGACCUGAACUCCAUGUUCGAACGCUGCCGCUCCAUCCGGGUGGAGAGCGGCAUGUUCAUGAUCUACGACCGGCCGGGCUUCACGGGGAACCAGUUCUUCAUGAGGAGGGGGGACUACUCCGACUACCUGGGCACCACCGGCAUGAACAACUGUGUCAGGUCCUGUCGCCUGAUCCCCACGCACCGCGGAAGCUACAAGAUGAGGCUGUACGAGCACUUCGACAUGAGAGGUCAGAUGAUGGAGCUGACAGACGACUGCCCAAACCUCAUGGACCGUUUCCGUCUGUCCAACUUCAACUCCUGCAACGUGAUGGACGGCCACUGGCUGCUGUACGAGCACGCCCACUACAGGGGGCGCCACUACUACCUGAGUCCCGGCCAGUACAGUUGCUUCAACGAGUGGAACGGCAACAGCUCCCGGAUCAGCUCCGUCCGGCGCCUCGCGGAUCUCUAAAGACGGAAAGACGGUUCUCGUGAAGUGUCUCCUCUUUGCCUUGUUUCAUACGCUGAAUAAAAUGGCGUCAGUGCUCAA